UGAAUGAUGACUCGUAUUUCUAGGUCCUUGAUACGGCAAGCAUCGAAAUAUUCCUUGUAUCUUCCGCCAUUACUAAGAGCAGCAGGAAGCUUAGAGCACGCAAAACAAGAAUUACGUUGGAUUCAAAACGAAUUACCUAAACAUAAAUGGAUUGAUGCAAUCACCAGAAGAUCCAACUUCGAACCUUUACAGUAUAUCUUGGGUACACAACCUUUUGGGUCAUUGGAUAUAAUCUGUAAACCAGGGGUGUUAAUUCCUCGUUGGGAAACAGAGGAAUGGUGUAUCAAACUUACAGAGAUUUUAUCAAAGAACUACAAGCAGAGCCAACCACUAAAGAUCUUAGAUGCCUGUACUGGAUCAGGCUGCAUUCCUUUAUUGCUACACAGUGAACUCAACAAUAGAAAAAGAACAGCGAAGGUUAUUGGUUUUGACUUCUCUAAACGUUCAAUCGAAAUUGCUAGGGAAAAUCUACUUGAAUACCUGAAGAAUCAUGAUGCUAAUGGGAUUACAUUUGAUGUAGCAGAUGUAUUUGAUCCCGAAGUCCUGCAAAAAUUGAAUAUAAUCAAUAUCGAUAUUAUAACUUCGAAUCCUCCAUACAUUCCUUUUGCAGAUUAUAAGGCCCCUACUAAAUUGAAUGGGGUCGAGAAAUCAGUUAGACUUUACGAACCCCGAACAGCUUUGAUCGGUGAUUUAGAGUUCUAUCAGGCACUUAUUAAGAACUUAGUGAUUCCGUCACAGUGUAAAGCAUUUGUUUUUGAGGUGGGAUAUGCUGAACAAGUCGAAUUUACCUCAAGUAUAUUGAAAAAGUUAGACUCAAAUGUUAACUGGAGAACGGGUUCCUUCCAUGACAGCGCCGGUAAUAUUCGUGCUGUAGUUGGGUGGAAAGCAAACACAGAGUCUGAAUUCCUAGAAGAGUUUUGCGAUAAAGAUAGCUACAGCAUGAAGGAGAUGAAUUAUUAAGCAAAUCUAUAAUUUU